CGCUCCCUUCGUCAUCACUCCUCCCCCCGCUGGUUUCGAUCGGGCACCGCUAAUGGAGCCCGACGAUUCCGCUCUCCUGCUUGAUGCCCUGCAGAGCUGCGACUACCGAGGCCUCUACGAUCGGUUCGCUUCCUUCCUCCUCCCGUUCGGCGAUUUCGUUCCUCUUCAUUCCCACAACCUUAACCCACCCGCGACCAAGAAGGGCGCCACCACCACCACUUCGUCUUCCGUCUCCGCCACCGCCGCUCCCAAGAAGAGAGGCCCUCCGAAGAAGAAGAAGAAGCUGGAACCAGAUCCCGCGGCGCUCCGCCCCCUUGCGAAGCAAUUUCUACCCUUCCUUUGCCGCGCCCUGAAACACCUCCCCGCACUCCUCCGCAAGAGCCCCAAAUCGACCAAUGCCGACGUGGACGACCGGCGCAUCGUGGAGCUUCUUGCGGUGUACCGGCUUUUGCUUGAUUGCUUGGCGUGCAUUAGCCCUUGCCUCGCUGGUAAGCCGUACUCGGUUCACCUCCAGAGGGGCCGGCUUGUGGUCUGCUUGGAAGCCUGUGGGAGGUACGCGGAGGCUGAAGAGGAGGCUUUGGCACUCCUCGAGAGCCUCGGGGCAAUACUGGUCGAGGCUGCUUCUAUGCCCAAGUCGCGCAAGAUGAAGAUUGCUGGUGGUGGUUGCUUCUUACCUGAUCCAGAACAAGUUGGUGCUGAUGAUCCGGAAAUCACCAUGCUGGUUAUCGAGGUCAUUACCGUCCUCAGUGGCUGUGCGUACAAGAGUAAGAUCACGAAGGAAGUUGCUUAUGACAGAAUUUUGACUCUGGUUGAUCAGGUUCAGCCAUGGCUUCGGUUCUUAAAUCCAGAAGCACUUCAGAAGUACCAGGUUUUGCUUGUAAAUACCUUGUACAAGUGUUCACUUUUCUUAGUCGAAGAAUACACAGAUUUUGAAAAAGAGCUGGUGCAACGUUUUUGCCUCAGAAUGUUGAGGGAGUGUAUAAUAUCUCGUUCAGUAGAUCGCUUUGCAAGUAUGGUGAGAAAGAUCACUUCAUCUAUCAACUUGCAGUGGGCUGGUGGGAGCUUCCUUUUGCUUGGCAUUCUAAAUUUAACUCUGGAGUCUAUUGUGUGUAGCUGCAAGGUUGAUUUGCUGGAAGCUGUAAAUGAGUUUCUUGAAAUUGUAUCAUAUUUUGCUAGCAGAAUUUGUGCUGCCAAUAUAGAUAUAUGUAGGAGUUCAGCAAACCUGUUAUAUGAACAAGGUGAAGAUGUCCUUCAGGUGUCCUCCCUUGUUGCAUCAAUUUUGACUCUUUAUGCUAGUGGCUUGCACUUUAAAUUUAGCAGUAUUCAGCCUAAAGAAAGUGUGAGUGAUUUCCAUAGUUCUAAUAAUGCCAACACUAUCAUGUUAUUUCAUGACUGUGGAGUUGAUCUGCAAAAAUUGUCUAUUAUACUGGACAGUUUAGCAAGUAGCUUUCACAUGUCAAGUUAUGUAAAUGAAACAGUUUUCAAUAGUGAGAUCAAAGACUCGAGGGUUUUGCCGGCGGUGGCUUCAGAAUCUGGCAAGUUUGAUGCUUGUAUGCAGACACAUGGAAAAGCCUCGCUAAUUUCAUAUAUAGAUGCUUUGGAGUUUCUAUGUAGGCCAAUAGUUGAAAAUGUAAACACAGCUUGGAAAAACUUGACUCCUGAACAAGAAUCUAUUCUUCAUUCGGACACCUUAAAUUAUGUUCAGAAGGUGUUGCAUCAGUUUUCUGAUCUAAUACUUGCUGCCUCCAGACAUAGUGAUAUAUCUGAGAGGGUGGAGCAGAGGUUAAAUGAAAGCCAUGGAACAUUGCUUCAAGUUGCAGUUGCAGCUUUCAGAAUCUCCCUUCUAACUGAUGGAAAAUACCAGAAGAGUCUUCUUCACAUCAAUUGUAUCAUUUCAAGUACAUGGAUUGAGCCUCAAGAGCUGAAGUUUCUUAUUUCAGCAAUUAGUAAUGUUGGAGCUGUAUGUUACAAUAAUGGAUGGUUGGAGAAGGCAUCAAAAGCAUUACAAUUGUGUAUUGAAAUAAUAUGGACAUAUGUCAAACUCAUGUGCGGUAUGUACUCAUCUAAGUCAAAGGGAGUCUACAGCGAUAAUAUGGCUGAAGUUCAAUAUAAAGAUGCCAUUAAUGAUGCAUUGUCGAGGAUUGCUACAGUAAUUGAUUUUCUUUACAAAUGUGGUGCCAAAAACAUAAAAGAAAUCAUCAUUAAAAGUCUUUAUAAACUCUCUGCUGCUGAAGAUAUACUCCAUGACAUGACUGGCUUAUUGACCUUGAUGAAACAGUGGGUUAAGAUCUCAUGUAAAGAAUUUAAGGAUGUUGAUGCGGUUGAUAAUGCACCAGUUCUCUAUUCCUCACUACUGGACUAUCAUUCGACUUGGUCAAUGAAAAUAAUAAGCAUAAUCCUUGAGCAGGAACUUGUUGCCUAUAACCUGAUGGAAUCUCGAAAUCCAAAGUUAUGUCAAAAAAUGGAAUUAAAAGUUAUGGAUUUUCUUUUAAAAGAUGUGUAUACCUCGAAAGAUUAUAUCCUGCAAAGAUCUAGGGUUUUAGUCACCAAAGGAAGGGCUUUUAGGGCUCAUGGAACAGAAGGCUUAAGCAAGUGUCUUGAAUGCCUUUCUGAAGCUAUUUCCUUACUUAGAUUCAUAUCUGAUGAUUCUUCUCAAGAUAUUGCUUCAGUUUCUCAUCAAUUGGCCCUCACAUACAUCUUGUAUGCACAUUGUGCCCAGGAGGCUAAUCAAGACUGUGGUGUAAUCCUGCAUAAUGUUCAUUGUGCACUGAAUUUAUGGUCGGAAAUGAAUGUCCAAGGUUAUUGUUCUCGUAGCAACUACCAUCAAUGGGGAACAAUGAGUAUUUUGCCCCUCUUAUGCUCUAUGGUUGAUUUGUUGUCAUUAAAGGGUUGCUUGAAAUUUCAACUUGAAAUCUGUAAGGUGAUAAUCAGAUUCUCCAUGCCGGAGAAUAUGUUGUCAGAGAAAUGCAUUUUCAUGCUAUGGUCUAACAGAAGGCUUAACCAUUCACUUUGUAGCUCUCCAAUUGAUGAAGUUUUUGUUUUGAACAUCUCAGAACAGUUUGGUUUAAAUGUCAACUUUUUGGAUUAUUGGAUAAAUUGCAUAAAACAACAUCCUCCAUCGCAAUGCAUGUUAUUGCAGAAGUUGUUCCCAAAUGAUUUUGUUCUUUCUGAAGCAACUGGACAUUCUUCCAAAAGACCUUUCGGUGCACAAAUUAGUACCGAAGAAGUUAAAGAGGUUGCAACAUCCCUAGUUGCUGAGGUUCCUUUCACCUAUCAAUCUGCUUUCAUUGCUGCUUAUCUUUACCAUGAUUUGUCUGAAAGGCUUUUCUCCAAUGGAAGAGUUUCUGAGGCUCUUCUAUACGCGAAAGAGGCACUCUGUCUGAGAAACAAAAUUUUACGGAGGAAAUUCAUUUAUACAGUUGUUGAACAGUCAGCGCAAUCGAAGUCUGAUGGAGUAACUCAAUACAGAAAUGAUCACAUCAGCCUUGUGCCAAUUAGCAAUGUUAUCACUGACGUAUGGCCAGAUUUUAAUAAAUCAGGGAACUUAGAUGACUCUCUUCUUAGUCCAUGGAGUGUUCUCAGAUGCUACCUUGAAAGUACAUUUCAGGUCGGGAUUAUCCAUGAAUCAACUGGUAAUGGUGCUGAGGCAGAAUGCCUUUUUCGAAUAGGAAAAAACAUAUCCUGUUUACAAGGUUUCCCAGUCCUUGCAAUUGCUUUCACAAUGCUGUUAGGUCAAUUAUAUCGUAGGAAACAUCAAUGGGACUUGGCCGAAAAUGAGCUUAAAUCUGCUAAGAAGCUGCUUGUGGAGUAUGACAACAUUAUCUCAUGCACUCGCUGCAAAAUGGUCUUUGAGGUUACAAUCGAUAUGCAAGUUGGUGAUUUAUACAGAAGUCUCUUUGACAAAGGCACUCAGAUCAAGUCCACAGGAAGCUUAUCUGAUGCUCUGGGUUUAUAUAGAUCAGCUCUUGAAAAGCUGGAACUUGCUGAGAUGGUGAGUUGCAUUGACAUCUGUCAGAAACCAGAAGCUAAUGGUGGCAUAUUACAAAAUGAUGAUUCUAUUAAGGAAGCCAGUAACAGAAUUCAACAGACAAUUAAAUUAUGCUCAUCUACCAAGGAAGAAAACUCAUCUGUAUGCAGCAUCUGCCGCUCACUGAAUAGCCAUAAAAGUGUUUUUCAUACUCGGCAAGUGCCAAAGGAAUCUGAUGAGAUAAGCCUUUUGAAAACUGUAAACAGAAAAUCACAAGUCAAGAACAUAUCUAAAAAAUCUUUAAGAUGCUCAACAAAAAAUCUUAAUCAUCAAUCUAAAGCGAGGAGAAAUGGUUCUAGUAACCAAGACAGUAAUGUCAUGAAUGCCACAUCUGUAGGAUAUAGCAAGUUCAAUGGGUCUGCAAAUCAUGAGCUUUGUACUGAAGCAUUCAGUUGUGGAGAACUUUUGAAGGAACACAAUGGGGCUGCUGUAGCUGAUUGUGGAGAUAAAGAAGAAUGGAAAUGCAGCAAAAUGGAGUGUUGGAGGUGCCUAAUCCAUCAAGUGAUGGAAACUGGAUUCAUGCAAAAUAUCAUUCAUCUGCAUUGGGAAUGUCAUCGUCGGCGUCUUGUACUGAUGCUGCUCCUUAAGAUAGCAAAGUGUUUAGGUACUCACAAUGGAAAGCAUGGCGAGCAUGAAGUACAUGAAGUGUUUGGGCAAUGUGUUUUGGUGAUGUUCAAUUGGAAAUCCUUAAAGCGUUGUGGAAUGCCGGAUUCCAGCUUAAUUGAGUGUGUUGUGGAUGAAAGUUUAGGUGAUUUCUUUCGUAUUGAACGUGCAGCAGUACUGUAUAACAUGAGUUGGUAUUCUUUGAAGAACAUCAUAUCAGAGCAUCCCAGGAUCCCUUGCUGCAGUCUUUCCAAGAUCCAGAUGUCCACCGUCCUUCGGUGGUUGCUUAGAGCCUUCAUACUCUGCCAAGAAAGCCCUUUGCUUUUUCAGAAGGUCUCUCGACUACUUUCUUCCAUAUUUCUGCUCACGACACUUGAUGGCUCAAUUUCUUUACCUUUGCAAACUGAAAAUUCUAUCUCUUUAAACCAUUGGGCUGCAUAUUUCCAUCAAGUCUCAGUUGGUACGUAUCUACACUGCCAAUAUUAUUCAAGGGACAAGGCCUGCAGCUCUAAGACUCCUGAGGUCUUUCCUAAUGCUAGCAUGACAGAGAACACUGCUGAUGCAUCCAAAUUCUUCAGGUUUGUUCCAGAAAAACUUGAAGAUCUUGAAGAACAUGUAACUGGCUUCUUCAAGUGUCUCCCUACUAUCCCAAUCAUCUGUUUAAGUAUGCUCGGAAGUGAUUAUGCAAACCUCAUUGGUGAAAUGCUACUUCUACCUUCUUUUUUUCCGGCUUGGAUACUUCUAUCAAGACUGCUUGCUAACAGCCAACCAGUUGUUAUGUUACUACCUGUGAAUCUCCUUCAGGAAGAAGUUGAACUUGAAGAUAUUUCUGACCAAAAAUUCAGUGAUGCCGACACAGGAUCUAUCAAGCACUGGCAUUGCCCUUGGGGUUACACUGUUAUAGACUGUAUAUUGCCAUCUUAUAAACAGCUAUUGGAAGAGAACUUUUUAUUACUAUCUAAUACGACCUUUGCAGCAGCUGAUGUACAGAUGAAAAAUGCUAGCUGGUGGUCUCAAAGAACCAUGCUUAACAACCGCCUAAACAAAUUGCUGAAAAGCAUGGAAAUUUCAUGGUUGGGACCCUGGGGUUGUUUGCUUUUGGGUGAGCGUUCAGUCCCAGACCGUGUUGAGAAAUUGGUUCACAAAUUAAUCAGUGUUCUGAAAUCUGAAGGCAGAUUUGAAAUAAAUUAUACUCUCAUCAGUGCUAUCAUUGGUGGUGCGAAGUCUGUAGCUGAUGCAGAAUCGUGCAUCAAUCAGUUAUUAUUAUACAAGGGAUAUUUUGGUCGGGGUGCAUGCUGCGGGGAGGAAAGGUUUAGGGCUUUCUCUGCUGUUGCACAGACAGGACUUGCAACUGAGUUCAUUCAUGAUUUAAUAAAAGAAGCAUUAGCUGAAUAUGCAGAACAAGUUGCAAGAGAGCCAGUAAUUAUAGUACUGGAUUCAGAUGUUCAGAUGCUGCCAUGGGAAAACCUACCAAUAUUGAGGAGUCAGGAAGUUUAUCGCAUGCCAUCCGUAAGCAGUAUCUUUUUAACACUUGACAAAAGCUGUUCCCAUCACAAAAGAGACAGCGGAUUUGGCACCAUCAUUCCUGCUGUUGACCCUUUAAAUGCUUACUACUUGUUAAACCCUAGUGGAGAUCUCAAUGAUACACAAUUGGAGUUUGAGCAAUGGUUCAGAAACCAAGAGUUGGAGGGGAAAGCUGGAAACCUUCCUGAUACUAAAGAGCUAAUUAUGGCUUUGCAAAAUCAUGAUCUAUUCCUUUACUUUGGUCAUGGAAGUGGUACCCAGUAUAUUCCAGAAAAAGAAGUUCAGAAAUUGCAUCAUUGUGCAGCCACUCUUCUUAUGGGUUGUAGCAGCGGUUCACUUCUGCAUAGAGGGUGUUAUGCUCCUCAAGGUGCUCCUCUCUCCUAUUUGUUUGCUGGUUCGCCUUCUGUCAUUGCGAACCUCUGGGAUGUGACAGACAAGGAUAUUGACCGGUUCGGAAAGGCAUUGCUUAAGUCAUGGUUGCACGAAGAAUUAGUUGCCCUUAGCAAUUCCACUAGGGAUGGUCAGUUAGUGCAACAGUUUAGUUGCAUGAGCAUGGACGACGAUGUCACUUUGACCUCUGUCAAGACUAGAAGGAAAGUGUCCGAUGGAAAGUUGCGUAAUUUAUCUGAUGGCAGCAACCGGGGUUGCAGGAGAAACAGGAUUGCGUCAUUCAUGAGCCAAGCACGAGAUUCAUGCAAACUCCCUAUGCUGAUUGGAGCAUCUCCUGUUUGUUAUGGAGUACCAACAGUUAUAUGGAAGAAAUCACCAUCAUGAAGUGGUCUCCGAGCAAUAUCGCCCUUGUACAUGAAGGAAUAUUCCAGGCAAGCCUAGCCAUUUGGAUGCUGCAUUGUAUGUCUCAAGCCGUAUCAACUUAAGCAGUCGCCUUGGUUUCGGCACUGAGACAAAAAAAAGACUCCUGCGUAUGCACCCUAGCACACUCAAAUUUUACAUACCCUUGUAUACUUAAAGCAUGUUACCAUAAUUGUAGCAUAUUGCAUUGAAUUGUAUAGAAGGUGCUAUUGUUGCUUCCUACAUCCAUCUGGUGUUUCAUGUUUUUAGGAAAAUUAAUUUGGAACAUAUCCCUUGUAUCUUUGUACAGGUAUUAGAAAUGAAAUGCCAUCAUAAAUCUC